ACCGCCGCCGCCUCCACUGCACCCGCUAAUCCGCUGCGCCCAGCUGCCUCCGCCCGCAGCCCUCAGUCUCCCAGCCUCUCCACCUGUGAGAUGCUCUCCCUGGAUCCACUGCAUCCCCAGUGGGACUGUCCCCUGGAUUCCAAGGACCUGGACAGAGAGGUGGGCCCAUGGGGCGGGGGCUCUGGUGUACCGCCCACAGACUGCUUCCCUGGCUCCUGGCACCAGGAUGUGGGCUUGGACUGCAAGGGCUCUCCCGAGGGGGCCGAGGCCCGGGCCUGGACCGUCUACUACUACAGCCUCCUGCAGASCUGUCUGCAGCAAGCUGGCCUUCCGGAGACUCAGGACCGCAGCCAUGUGCCCCGCACAGGCUGCCCUGGGGCAGAGGUGACCUUGUGCCUUCUGGGAUCCCCCAGCACCUUUCUGUCUGUGCUGCUGGAGGGUGGGGUGCAGAGCCCGGGAAACAUGCUCCUUUGCCUGUCCCCUGCUUGGCUGACGAAGGUAGCAGCACCAGGGCAGCCGGGUGAGGCGGCCCUGCUGGUCUCCAAGGCUGUGAGCUUCUACCCAGGGGGCCUGACAUUCCUGGAUGACUUUGUCCCCCCUCGGCGUGCCACCUACUUCCUGGCAGGCCUCGGACUAGGGCCUGGCCAUAGCCGGGAGGCAGCAGAGCUGGCCCGAAACCUGACUUGCCCCACAGGAGCCUCGGCAGAGCUGGCCCGGCUGCUGGAGGACCGGCUGCUGAUGAGGCGGUUGCUGUCCCAGCAGGGUGGUGUGGCUGUGCCAGCUACCCUGGCUUUCACCUACAAGCCUCCAGCGCUGUUGCGGGGAGGGGAUGCCAGCCCAGGACUACGGCUGGUGGAGCUGAGUGGCAAAGAGGGCCAGGAAACACUGGUGAAAGAGGAAGUAGAGGCCUUUCUGCACUCCGAGGCCCUGGGCGAUGCCCUGCAGGUGGCUGUGAAGCUCAGUGGCUGGCGCUGGCAGGGGCGGCAGGUUCUGUAUCUGCAUCCACGGGCAGAGCGUGACACAGUGGUGGACACAGUGCUGAUGUUGCUGGAGAAGCUGGAAGAAGAGGAAAGUGUCCUGGUUGAGGCCAUGUGCCCAUCUGUCCAGCUGCCCUUCCCAGGCGGUCCCUCUCCCAGCCCUGAGCUGGCUGUGCGAAUUUGUACUGUAGUGUGCCGGACUCAGGGUGACAGGCCCCUGCUGAGCAAGGUGGUGUGCGGCGUGGGUCGUGGGGACCGUCCUCUGCGGCACCAGAACUCCCUGCCAAGUACGCUGGAGGUGGCGCUGGCCCAAUUAGGACUGGGCGAGCCAGCGCAGGUGGCGGUCGUGCGGCAGCGCGUCAAGGCUGCAGCUGAAGCUGCGCUGGCUGCCGUGCUAGCGCUGGAGGCCGGCCUGAGCGCCGAGCAGCGCGGCGGGCGCCGGGCCCGCACUGACUUUCUUGGAGUGGACUUCGCACUGACAGUGGUCGGCCGCGAGCUGACUCCAGUGGCCCUGGAGCUGAACGGCGGCCUGUGCCUAGAGGCCUGCGGCGCGCUGGAGGGGCUGUGGGCCGCGCCCCGCCUGGGGCCCGCGGUCGAGGAGGCGGCGGCGGCGCCACUCGUGGAGACCAUGCUGCGGCGCUCGGCGCGCUGCCUCAUGGAGGGGAAGCAGCUGCUGGUGGUUGGCGCCGGCGGAGUCAGCAAGAAGUUCGUGUGGGAGGCGGCGCGCGACUACGGGCUCCAGCUGCACCUGGUGGAAUCGGACCCCAACCACUUUGCAUCCCAGCUGGUGCAGACCUUCAUUCACUUUGAUGUGACAGAGCACCGCAGGGAUGAGGAGAAUGCGAGGCUGCUGGCAGAGCUGGUACGGGCACGUGGCCUGAAGUUGGAUGGCUGCUUCUCCUACUGGGAUGACUGUCUGGUGCUCACGGCCCUGCUCUGCCAGGAGUUGGGGCUGCCCUGCAGCUCCCCAGCUGCCAUGUGCCUGGCCAAACAGAAGAGCCGCACCCAGCUGCACCUGUUGCGCCAUCAUGGCCCGCCCUGGCCUGCACCCUCCAUCCAUGCCGUGGCCUGCUGUCCAUUAGAGAGUGAGGCAGAUGUGGAGAGGGCUGUCCACCAGGUUCCCCUGCCAGGGGUAAUGAAGCUGGAGUUUGGGGCAGGUGCAGUGGGUGUGCGGCUGGUAGAAGAUGCACCACAGUGCCAUGAGCACUUUUCCCGAAUCUCCCGUGACUUGCAGGGUGAGGCUGACCACCCAGGCAUUGGGCUGGGCUGGGGCAAUGCCAUGCUGCUAAUGGAGUUUGUUGAGGGCACUGAGCAUGAUGUGGACCUGGUGGUGUUUGGUGGGCGGCUGCUGGCCGCCUUUGUCUCUGACAAUGGCCCCACAAGGCUGCCUGGCUUCACAGAGACCGCAGCCUGCAUGCCUACAGGGCUGGCACCAGAGCAGGAAGCACAGAUGGUGCAGGCAGCCUUCCGCUGCUGCCUGGGCUGUGGGCUGCUUGAUGGGGUCUUUAAUGUGGAGCUUAAGCUGACUGGGGCAGGGCCUCGGCUCAUCGAGAUCAACCCCCGCAUGGGUGGUUUCUACCUGCGUGACUGGAUCCUGGAGCUCUAUGGUGUGGAUCUGCUGCUGGCUGCUGCUAUGGUGGCCUGUGGCCUUCGGCCUGCCCUUCCUGCCCAUCCACGUGCCCGUGGCUACCUUGUGGGCGUCAUGUGCCUGGUGUCCCAGCACCUGCAGGCAUUGAGUUCCACUGCUAGCCGAGAGACUUUGCAGGCCCUGCAUGACCAGGGCCUGCUGCGCCUCAAUCUGCUGGAGGAGGCCCUGGUGCCUGGUGAGUAUGAGGAGCCCUACUGCAGUGUGGCCUGUGCUGGGCCCAGCCCCGCUGAGGCCCGCCUCCGCCUGCUGGGUCUCUGCCAGGGACUGGGCAUUGAUGGGCCAAACUACCCAGUUGCCCACUUCCUGUCUCACUUCAAAUAGCAUUGGGGCUAGGGGGAAGGAAUGAAAUGCAGGGGGCAGGGGCAAUGAUGCCCUCCUCUCCCUGGUGAUUGCCCUGCCUCUCUCCCUGUUGCCCCGCCCAACCCCCAGUGUGGUCCACUCCCCUUGCCUCAGGUCUGUCACAGAAUGGCAGAGCCAUUGAGUCUUCUAGGCUCAAAGACCAUAAAAUAAGCAUCUGGAGGGCAGGGGUGGGGCCUCUUGCCCUCAUGAAGGCCUCAGUUCAGCCCAUGUCUGCUCCAAGACACUAGCCCUGGAGAAAUAAAAGCACAUGUAUGCACACACACACACACACACACACACACACACACACACACACACACAUGCUGCUACCAACUAUCCUAGAUUGGAGUGAGCCCUGACCCAGGCUCUCCUCUCCACCCCUCCAGAUGAUUCUCUAUCUAGGAGGAGAGAACCUGGCUGGAUCCCUGGCCAUGGACAAAUGCCAGGACAAUUUGUGAUUAAAGCCCCUGUUUUUCUCUUUUCCAAAUUACAUGAGUUUUAUGGAGCCUGUUGAAAACUUCUGGCAGUGCCCCUGUCUCAACUGACCUGAGCAACAGAAGCAGGUAGCCAGGCUACCUCCUCUCACACUUCCAGGUAGACACUAUUCCCAUUCUACAGAUGAGAAAAUGGG